CGAAGAGUUCAGUCGAUUUUGCUGCUGCAGAAAAGAGAAUAAUUAAGUGAUUUUAAAGUGUUUAAUAAGGAUUAUUCUGUAAAAUAAUCAUUUAGUCGUAUCAGUUCUUGAUUUGGUUAAUUAAAUUAAGUGAAAUUAGUUGAUAUUCGACUGUAAAAAAGGAGAAAUUUCGAUUUGAGGAAAAAGUCUAUAAAAAAAUGGCAGAAUUGACAGCAACUUUGCCAUUUUCUUCCAAUUUAAUUACGGCUGAAAUUCGUGUUGAAAAUCUAGCCGAAUCUUCAUCCACAAUAUCCAUUCCUCAACCAUCACAAUCGAACGUUAUGUCCCAACAACUUGCUAUUGAGGAACCAGAUAAUAAUAAUACAUCCAAUAUGUCAAAACAGCAACAAAAAGAGUUCGACGAGCCAGAGUCAAAACGUCAGAAAUUGGACACGUCAAUGAAAGGCAAAAAGUUUGAAAAGUUAGAAUCGCGAUUAGGAAGUGUUUUGUGCUGUGCUGUGUGCUUAGAUCUCCCAAAAACAGCUAUGUAUCAGUGCAUUAUGGGACACUUAAUGUGCGCUGGAUGCUUUACACAUUUGCUUGCCGAUAGCCGUUUGCGUGAUCAAGUUGCAACAUGUCCAAAUUGUCGUGUCGAAAUCUCGAAAAAUAAUGCAACGAGAAAUUUGGCAGUCGAGAAAGCUGUUAGUGAAUUGCCGAGCGAAUGUCAGUUCUGCAAUCAGGAAUUUCCUCGUUCAACAUUAGACCAUCAUGAACGUAACGAGUGCGACGAACGUCCUACAGAAUGCAAAUACUCUUUAAUUGGCUGCCAAUGGAAUGGACCUAUGCAUGGAGCUAAGGAGCAUGAAGCACAAUGUGCUCAUCCAAAAAAAUCUGGAGCUGACGUUAUGGGAGCAUUGCUGGAUCGCGAGGCACAUCAUGAAGAGGAAAAGAAACUGUUUAGUUGUCUUGUCGAUCUCUUAAGCUACGAGAAAAUUACAUUCAAUGGUAAUAAUGCUGUUGUACGAUGUCGUAAUAUAACAAAAGGGAUAAGAAAUACGAUUAAAAAGAAGAGAAAGAAGCAAAAAUCUUCAACAUCCAAUUCAAACACUCCCACCCGCCCAACUCGAUUGAUGACCACGACCACAGUCACGACUGACAAAACUAAAUCACAUAUCGAUGAAAAUUUAAGAAAUUUCUUAAGACAAUAUCUGAAAAAGUCUUUUUCCAUGACAGAUCUUCGUCUUCAAUCAUAUCGAACGGAUGAGUUCAUUCACAAGCUAUUCUAUGAGACAACACGCUUCUCCGCGUUCAAUCAUCAAUGGAUCGUCAAAGCAAUAGUUAAUAACUCACAACGUGAUGUUCAUCAGUCGAACGAUCGAUUUAUUACUUACCAAGUUGCAUUGAAGACCAAAACACAACAUCCACUGUCGAUUCACUUCUUUGUGCUGCCCGGUCCGUUUUCCGACAUGAAAGUCAAUGCAAAGAUUUACAAGCAUGACUUUACUGAUACUGAAAAUGAGAGUAUUUUCAAUUUAUUACCAUUACCAGAUACAGCUGAAUGUAAUCGGUUGCUGGCUGCAAAGACUAUUAAUUUAAGAUUAGUCAUGUUCUUAGCAUCGAAUUAAGAAGCAUUAAGUUGUAAUGAAGUAAGAGAAUUAGAAAUUCAUUCAAGUAGAAAAUUAUGGAUUACGGAUAAAAAUGUUUAAUGAUGAUGAGAUGAAAAUAACUAGAUCCAUUACCGUUUUAAGCCUACAUGAAGAAACCAAGAUAAUUUCACACCUUUUAAUUUUUUUAUGAGUUAUAUUCGUGGAUUAUGUCACUUUAUAUUUUUUUUUCUCUUUAUUUUCUAUUAGUUUAUUGUGUUUGAUGUAACAUGAAUACUUUAGUACUUCUUUUCAUUUCUAUUAUAUUUUAUUUUACUUUUUAAGUGUGU